GGGAAUCACUGGCAUAAGUAAUUGAGAAACGUCUAACAGUGACCUCCCCCUGUCCAAAACUACAACUCCCAGCAUCCCACAUAGCUCUGCAAACAACUGAGCCACUGAUUGUAGACUAUUGCUAUAAUGCUAUUAAUGGACUACAAGUACCAGGAAGCCAAGUCCUUAUGGGACUUAAGUCUCCAGCACCUGUUUACAUAAAUAAGAUGCUAGUGCUUCCAGCACAGUACAGGGCCUCCGGGUAUAACAGGUCAGUCGUGACGUCACUACUAUUACCUAUGACGAACACGUGGUGCCCGCAGGUUACUUCCGUUCCCGCCAACUAAGGAUAUUUGAAUUUGAAAUAUGUAACCUGUAACACGUGACCGCGACAGGUUCGAGAGCAGACACGCCCAUCCCAACCGUCCUGAGCUAAGCCACGCCCAGCAACCGCGCAUCAAAUGACUGCCGCCUCUAGGGGCGGGAAAAGCCGUUGGGAACUGCCGCUUAACCCCCGCACUGCCAAGAAGAUGUAAAACGAGAAAACCGAUGUGGUUCAACACUAAGAUAAAGCGGCGGUGCCCGGGAGACCCGACCUGUGAGGGGCUACACAAACCCCGCAGUGCGGCUGGAGGGCUGUCAGCGGCCAUACUGCGGGACCGCCACGAGUGAGGCAGUGAACCCGGCUGAUAUCAGAUAUAGCUGACCAAGAUGGCGGAGAGACCGGAAGAUCUCAACCUGCCCAACGCCGUGGUCACUCGGAUCAUUAAAGAAGCUCUUCCAGAAGGGGUCAACGUGUCCAAGGAAGCUCGCAGCGCCAUCUCCAGGGCGGCCAGCGUCUUCGUGCUGUAUACAACGUCCUGCGCUAAUAAUUUUGCGAUGAAAGGAAAGAGGAAGACCCUGAAUGUGACUGACGUGCUGGCCGCCGUGGAGGAGAUGGAGUUUCAGCGCUUCCUUGCUCCAUUAAAGGAGUCUCUGGAAGCUUACAGACUGGAACAGAAAGGAAAGAAAGAAGCCACCGAGCAGAGAAAGAAAGACGGGAAGGAGAAGAAGGCAGACGGAGAAGAGCAGGACCGGAGCCGGGAGGAGGAGGCGGAGGACAUAGAGGAGGAGAAGAUGGAGGAGGAGGAGGCAGAGAACUGACAUGACUCCUCACCUCUGUGUAGCUGGACUUUUGGGACAAUUUGCAGUGACUGUAUUCUGCCAUCCUGGCGCUGUGCCCGGUGUCGCCCCCUCACCUGUCAGGACCUGAUGUUCUUAGUUUUCUCUUCUGUGGCCUAGUCGGGUUAAAGGGGUACUCCACUGGAAAACAUUAUACCUUUUUAUUUAUUUUUUUAUCAACUGGUGCCAGAAAGUUAAACAGAUUUGUAAAUUACUUCUAUUAAAAAAUCUUAAUCCUUCCAGUACUUAUCAGCUGCUGUUAUGAUCCACAGGAAGUUCUUUUCUUUUUGAAUUUCCUUUCUGACAGAAAAGACCAUAGAAGCAAUUUACAAAUCUGUUCUGGAUCUGUUAUCCAGGAAAAAUAUUUUUCUAUAUAUUAUCUGGCUCCAGAAAGUUAAACAGAUUUGUAAAUUAACUUCUAUUAAAAAAUCUUAAUCCUUUCAGUACUUAUGAGCUGUUGAAGUUGAGUUGUUCUUUUCUGUCUAAGUGCUCUCUGAUGACACCUGUCUCGGGAACUGUCCAGAGUAGUAGCAAAUCCCCAUAGCAAACCUCUUCUACUCUGUGCAGUUCCCGAGACAAGCUGAGGUGUCAGCAGAGAGCACCCCUUUAAGUGGAGUACCCCUUUCAAUGUGUCAGUGGGAAAAGGCUGACGUGGAGAUUGACGUCUGGUAAUAAACCUGGAGUAGAUGAUUCUUUUCUAUAACAAGUCUCAUUGUAGUAAAUGCACCAAACUCUGCUCCCGCCUGUUGGGAGUUGUAGUUUAGUUUCACAACAGGUACGGACGCCUUUACACAGAACUGCAGGGACUCAAAUUCCGUCUGAACAAGAUGUACACUGAGCUCCUAGGGCAGUGGUCUCCAAACUGUGGCCCUCCAGACAUUACUAAACUCCCAGCAUUCCCGGACAGCCGUCGGCUGUCCGGGCAUGUUGGGAGUUGUAGUUCAGCAAAACCUGUAGGUCCACUGACUUAGAACCUUGGUCUCAAAAACACUGGACCUCCAGCUGUUGCAUAACUACAACUCCCAGGAUGUUGGCUGUCCGGGCAUGCUGGGUGUUGUAGUUUUGCAGCAUCUGGAGGGCCACUGUUUGGAGACCACUGCCCUAGAGCGUUCAUGACUGAUAAAAGAGCAAGAUAUCCACAAAGCAUGUAGGGUAGAUCCACAGCGGAUGGAAGUGCUGCAGA